AUGGCAUUCAAGUUCUUGACCUUCUGCGCCCUCGUCGCCGUGGCCCGCGCUGGACUCCUGGCCCAGCCAGCCUACACCGCCCACCACGCCCCAGCUGUGGCCUACACCGCCCACGCCGCCCCUCUGGCCCACGCCGCCCCCCUGGCCUACGCCGCCCCCGCCAAGGUCCUGGCUGCUGCUCCCAUUGCCAAGGUUGCCGUCGCCGAGGAAUACGACCCCAAUCCCCAGUACUCCUUCGCCUACGACAUCCAGGACGGUCUCACCGGAGACUCCAAGAGCCAGCACGAGACCCGCAGCGGCGAUGUCGUCCAGGGCUCCUACUCCCUUGUCGAUCCUGAUGGCACCAAGCGCACUGUCGAAUACACCGCCGAUCCCCACAACGGUUUCAACGCCGUCGUGCACCGUGAGCCCCUUGCCCAUGCCGUGAAAGUGGCCGCCGCCCCCGUGGUCGCCAAGGUCGCCGCCCCAGUCGCCUAUGCCGCUCCCGCCGUCGUGAAGACCCACGCCCCAGUGGCCUAUGCUGCCCCAGUGGCCAAGAUCGCCGCCCCUGUCGCCUAUGCCGCUCACGGAGUCCACGCCGCCCCAGUGGCCUAUGCCGCUCACGGAGUUCACGCCGCCCCAGUGGCCUACGCCGCCCACGGUGUGCACGCCGCCCCCGCCUACUACCACCACUAA